ACACGCUCAACGUUGUGUUUAAGCUUUUGCGAAAUAACAAGGGAUUUAAAGACGCAUUUUACGUUCAAGACGACAAGAACCUUCAUCCCGUAUUAAUUAAUUCACGUCAUAGGUUAAGAAGGGAACUAUUGCUAACGGGGGCAUGUUUUUUCCCUCCUUGUGAUAACCUGAGAGCUAGUUUCGGCACAGUUUACAUAGUGACCCCAUAAUCACUGAAGCUCUGUGGUAUACCUGCAGUUGAUUUCAUACUCGCUGAGCCUUGUGUUGCAUUCUUGACUGAGCUCGUUUGAUUGCUCCGGGGUGCCGAUGGUGAUCUGAAAGCAACUAAUGAGCCUCCAGCUGAUAAGAAGAAAAAAUUGCAUCAAAUUUCUACUAACUGUUUUGUAGAAGUAAGUAAUGGAAAAUGGAUAAGCUCACCGUUAUUUCCGGAUGCAUGUUCCUUGCCGCAGAUAUCUUUGCAAUUGCCAGUGUCGCAAGUCAAGAUUGGAUAAGUGCUGGAGAAGCAGAAGGUGCACUGACCAUUGGCCUGGUUUGGCAGUGUCAGACCAUUCACGGACGGGACAGGAUAUGCACACCACCAAGACUCCCCCUUGUGUGGGUCAUCACUUUCUUCUUCAUAAUCAUGGGCAUCAUCUCCCUGACCAUCACUUGUGCCCUGCUGAUGCUAUCACACUGGCAUCAGGACACAAUGAAAUAUGCUCGUUGGAUUGCUUUCACUGGAAUGGUUCUAUUUUGCAUGGCUGCCCUUAUAUUUCCAACUGGAUUUUACAUCAAUGAAAUUGGAGGACAGCCUUAUAAGUUACCCAACAAUACUGUUGUGGGAUCUUCGUAUGUACUUUUUGUUUUAUCAGUAUUUUUUACAAUUGUGGGACUACUCUUUGCUGGAAAAGUUUGUCUACCUGGCUGACAAAUGCAUAUCACUGAUAUUUCUUUGUUGUAAGGGACAGAAUUGUGCAAAGCUGUUGAUGUUGUUGAACAUUUUAAAGACCAAGAUGGUGUUCGAUUAUAUAGAGCCUUAUCUGGAGCAGUGAGAACUGGUGAAGAUGUUACUGGCUACUCUUUUCAUAACUAAAUAGAUUAAUGAUAUUUUCACUUUUCAAACUCCCAGCUAUCAGUUGCUCACAUGUAGCCCUUGAUGUUAAUAAUAUGAUUGUUCACCCUGACUGAACUGCAAAAUAUGAAAAACUACAAUGGUACAAUGGCUGAGAAAGUCUAUUUUAUAACGUGGGUUCAGUUUACACUGAGAUCUUACCGGGUGAAUUAAGGAUCACUUGGCUUCAGCGCCAGUGAAUUUAGUUAUUCCCGUCUAACAGCCUAACAUGUCAUUAAUGACUUCACAAGUAGUGAAACAGACAAGGACUAACUUGGCUGUUAGUUCAUUGAUGAAUCAGGUAUGUAAAUAGAGGUUUUCUGCUGCAGAAUAUGUGUCAGAGAAUCGUUUUCUAUCAUUCUUCUAAAUGUUAUAAGAAAAUAAUUGUUUAAAUUGCACUAUACCUUUCUUUUGGACUUUUAAAGAUAAAACCACAGGGAAAGUAAUGAUUCUUGAAUAUCUAAGAAUGUGUUUUCAAGUCCUUUCAAGCAAAGAUGCCAAUGUUAGCUGCCUCCUCAUGAAUGUGUUUUCAUGAAUGUGUUUUCAAGUCCUUUCAAGCAAAGAUGCCAAUGUUAGCUGCCUCACAUGAUUCUUAGUAAGUUAUUUAUAUCUCAUCUCCCGUGACACCUGCGGUUUUAUCCAUCCAUUUGUGAGUUUGAGUUGUAUAGGAAUUGGUCUGUUUCCUUAGCAACAGAUAAUAUUCAGACUUUUUCAGAGAUGGCUCCCUAUUGUGGCAUUUAAUGAGGCUAAGAACUGAGGUAAAAAUGCAGAGUACAAUAAUGUUUGACCUUUUCUUGUCUAUAUAUGUUGCCUGCAGAAAAUAAUCUGCAUUUUACAGCAUGAUGACAGAGCUAGAGUAAUAUAAAUGUCCUGUAAUUUCAGAAAGUGUAAAUUGAAGUCCUUUCUGUUUUAAAUAUUAUAAAUAACAAGCUACUCCAAAUGAAAAAUGUAUAUAAAAAGUAUCCCAGAUGAUUUCUAUGUUAGAUAUCUUAAUACUUACACCAGAUAUGUUAUAUUACAGCUGUCUGCAUAAAACCUAAAUUGAUUACUGUCAGAAUACUGGACAAUAUGAUGGAAUGGCAAUAUUUGCACACUGAAAAUCCACAAUUAAAUUUAAAUUUUGUCUGGUUAAAAUCAUAUUACAUGGAACUGUAAUUUGUCUGUAACCAUUUGUGUUUUACAAGUGUUGUGUAGUGUGUCACUAAUAACCAAAUUGCAAUAAUCAAAAAGGUUUGGGAGAAAAGUGGCAGCGGUGGGAUUCGAACCCACGCCAUCGAAAUGACUGGAGCCUAAAUCCAGCGCC